AUGGAUGCGGAUUUUCUGGUCACCAGCGAGAUUGCGCGGGAAAUGCAAGAGGUGCGAGAGAGGCUAAUGGAGAUCAGGCUUGCGCCAGCGCUGCCCAUGCAAAUGCAAGUCGACAACCAUGCGGCUACAAGCCAGAUCGCUGAUGAAAUGUCGUCGCUAAGGCAAAGCACGUGGACAUCCGCCACAAGUUCUUAUGCGAUUUCGCUCGACGUGGAAUUUUUUGAAGCGCGCUACGUCAGGUCCGAGAAGAUGCUCGCGGACCUGCUCAAGAAGGCACUGAAUUGGAGUAAGCCUAAGACGUCGCGCGAGCUUAUGUAG